AUGGAGCACUUUGCAGUGGACGACCUCGUAAUCAAGCUUAUGGCCAAGCGAAAGGACUAUAUGCACGAGAUGUAUACCAACUACUGCGAAAAGAUAGAGAGCUUCCUGGGCAAUUUCCAACCUGGCGAGAGCGAAACCAUCUGUGCGUACUUCAAGAGCAUAGAAGAGAAAAAGCGGCAGCACCAGGAAAAAAGCAAAGAAAAAAAGAAAAGGGCGUGCAGAAGCGAGUCUUCCUCAAGCAAAAGAAGAAAGUCUAUGGUAGUCACGUUUGACGACAUGUCGUUUUCCUUUGGAAAGGACGAUCUGGAGCAGCUGACCGGCCAGGAGAAGCCGGUGGACCCAGAAGUCAAGAGCCUCUUGCAGAAGAUGAACGAGCUUUUCAAGCAACUGGGCCAGGCCAGCGUAAAUAAGUAA